AUGAAAGUCGCGAUCCUGAUUGUCUUGGCCGCGUGCGCCUACGCGGCACCGCGCGAGAAGCGCUUUGCCGCCCUUGGAUUGGCCGCGUCUGGCAUUGGAGGGGCCACGGGAUGUGUUGUUACGGGCACCACUCUGUACGCCAACGGCUUCAAGCAGCGCCAACUGAACGACGACGAAAUGUCCGAGCUCGAGCAGUACCAGGUCAAGCUCGUCGACUACAAGAAGAAGCUGAAGGCGGCCCUCGAGAAGCGUCGCGAUUCCAUGAAACGCCGCAUGACCGCCAACAGUGAGAUGACCAAGGACGAGGAGAACUCGAUCGCCCAAUCGGCUGACCUCAAGGCCCCCACCAAGCCCUCGUUCUGCAAGGAGGAGGACACCACUCAAUACAUUUUUGAUGGAUGCAUGGUUCAGAGCAACAAGGUCUACAUUGGCCGCGAGUACGCCCGUGAUCUGACCGAGUCGGAGAUUGUGCAGCUGAAGGACUUUGACGAGAAGAUGACCGUCUACCAGAAGUGGGCCCAGAAGCAGAUGCAGAAGCAAAUGAAAGGCCUCUUCGGCGGCUCCGACUUCUUCUCUGCCCUCUUCGGCGGCGAGGGCCCGGCCGGACGCCAACAGCAAACGCCGACCACCCCCGAACCGGAAGAGAACGCUCCCGACGCCCCCGAUGCUCCCAAGAUCUGCACGGCCAUCUAC